GCGGUGCCGGGCCGCGGGUCGAAGCGGGUGGAGUGUGAAUGUAGAGCAUAAACUUCUUCCUGUUGUCCCUCUAGAACACCUUUUUUUCCCCACAUAAUUCUGAUGGAAGAGCAGCUGGGGUUCCUGCAGUGCUGAAUAGUUGCUUGGAGAAGUGGUGAAUGAGUGAAGAUACGCUCUGUGAUGGUUCAAAUGUGGGAGCUGCUGCAGGUGUGGUUGCUGCUGGCACUGCCCUGGGAAGAUGCCUUGAUAAGGAAUUAACACCCGUCAGUGAUGGGCUGUGGGACAAGCAAAGUGCUUCCCGAGCCCCCCAAAGACGUGCAGCUGGAUCUGGUUAAAAAAGUAGAACCUUACACGGGCCACAGUGACAUCUACAAGCAUUUCAUCAAAGAUGAUGGUGGGGCUGUCAUCAAAGCUGGCUCUCCCUCACCCCCACGUCACACAAACCCGUUUCCUGGUAACCCCCUGCCUGCCCACCCAGCCCAGCCCGAGCCCCGCAAGAACAAAGUGGCCAAAUACCGUGCCAAAUUUGACCCCCGAGUGACAGCCAAGUAUGACAUCAAAGCCCUGAUUGGAAGGGGCAGCUUUAGCCGAGUUGUGAGGGUGGAGCACAAAGCCACCAAGCAGCCCUACGCCAUCAAGAUGAUAGAGACCAAAUACAGGGAAGGGAGGGAGGUGUGCGAGUCGGAGCUGAGCGUGCUGCGCAGGGUUCGCCACACCAACAUCAUCCAGCUCAUAGAGGUGUUUGAGACCCAGGAUCGGGUGUACAUGGUGAUGGAGCUGGCUACUGGGGGAGAACUGUUUGACAGAAUCAUUGCCAAAGGGUCCUUCACGGAGAGGGACGCCACGCGCGUGCUGCAGAUGGUGCUUGACGGUGUGAGGUACCUGCACACCUUGGGUAUCACUCACAGGGACUUAAAACCAGAAAACCUGCUUUACUACCAUCCCGGAACAGAUUCCAAAAUCAUGAUUACAGACUUUGGAUUGGCCAGUGCUCGAAAGAAAGGAGAUGACUGCCUGAUGAAAACCACCUGCGGGACGCCGGAGUACAUCGCUCCUGAGAUCCUGGUCAGGAAGCCCUACACCAACUCUGUGGACAUGUGGGCUCUGGGUGUCAUCUCCUACAUCCUCCUGAGUGGCACGAUGCCCUUUGAGGACGACAACCGCACCCGAUUGUACAGGCAGAUCCUGAAGGGGAAGUACAGUUACUCGGGCGAGCCCUGGCCCAGUGUAUCCAACCUGGCCAAGGAUUUCAUCGACCGCCUGCUCACGGUGGACCCCAGCGACAGGAUGACAGCCCUCCAGGCCCUGAAGCACCCCUGGGUGGUCAGCAUGGCAGCCUCCUCCUCCAUGAAGAACCUGCACCGUUCCAUCUCCCAAAACCUUCUCAAGAGAGCCUCCUCUCGCUGCCAGAGCACCAAGUCAGCACAGUCCACACGUUCCAGCCGCUCCACCAAAUCCAACAAGUCACGGAGGGUUCGGGAGCGGGAGCUGCGAGAGCUCAACCUGCGCUACCAGCAGCAAUACACUGGCUGAGCACCAGGCUGGGACCUGCCCGAAGUCUUUCCAGACAUCUUCUCUGCAGUGUAGGUGUGCAGCACCCCUUUGCUGCAGGUUCCUCCCUCCCUUCUUUCAGGUGUGUUGUGUCCCCCCUCCCCACUGUGUGGAGGAAAAGGAACCUUGUGGUGGCACUUGUGGGCCAGCCGUGCCCACGCAGGGAACGGAGCAGCUCUCGUUGGCUUAGAGCUCAGAGCCUUGAGUAACACCCAAAUUAAGGAGCUGCAAACGAGGAGGAGCUCUUUCUGUAGCCCAGGAGCCCGGUUGUUCGUCGUUAUUUAUUAAUUCCACUCGCAUAUGGAAACAAAAUCACUUUGUAUGUGUGCACGUAGCACAUACACACGUGUGGGUGUGUGUUAUAUAUUUAACAAAUUUAUAUAUACACACAUUCUGAACUGGUUUAGUCACACUCUGUGGUGCCUUUGCAGUGAAGCUGUUGUGAGUCACAUGUAGUUAGAACCAAGAUAGCACUGACUCACAGCAUGCUGCCCAUCAGCUCCUCGUCCCAGUGCAGUGUCACGGAGAUGCCAGACAGCAGUUGUGAAUGCGACGGCCGUGAAGCUGUGAGGAUCCCUGAAGGGCUGCCUGCCAUCAGUGUGCUGACAUCAAGGGUUUGCUCACAUGAUGCAGAUUGGCAACCGAAACGAAACGCUGCCACCUCGGAGCUGGAGUCCCAUCCCAUUCAUCCUGACUGCAGGGCUGCUCCCCAGUGAGGGGCAGCGAGAAAAGGAUUGUCCUGCAGGAAUUUUGUGCUCCACAGAGAUGAAGGCAGUUUUUAGGGGUUCCCCUAUUUGUAGUAGGAGCAGUCCCUAACAUGCAGGGCUUGGUUUUGUUACCGUGACGUGGCUUACUGUAACCAACUGUGUUUCCAAUGCUUUGAUUGCUUUGGGGUGUCCCCUGCUACUGCCAUCAGUUCCCUGGGGCAGGGAAAUGGUGGUGAGAGCUGGCGGGGUGACAAGAGGCUCCAUAGGGGUAGAGUAGGAGCUUGGCUAGCAGAAGCCCAGUCCUGAAAUGACAGCAGAGAGUAUGAGCAGAAACCACCGAGCUGUUAGAUACAGCUUACAUCCACCAGCAAAAAGUGGGCUGUCAGUUCUAUUGAGCUGAAAAAAGGAAAUUUCCAGGGAUGUGCUUUCCACCCCAGUGCUAGGAAUCUAACUACUUCACUUACCUUUUGUUCCUGAGCUCAUGGUGAGGAAUAUGACAGAGGAUGCUUAAGGAUGAUGGUCUCAGACACUUGCAGGGGUGAAUUCCAAACCCUUUCUAUGCAUUUGCACGUUACGUUGGAAGCUCUGCAUCCCUUGGGGGCUGCUCUGUCCUGAGUGCCCAUCCUUCCAUCAGCAUUAACUGCUGUUGCAGAAUUACUAGCUGUUUUUACUUUAGCUUUGUGGGCUAUGGAGGGAAAAUAAAAGAAAGGUUCCUUCAGCUUCUUUUCCCUUUUAUUGUAGUCUUUCCUGGUUCAUUACCAGGAAUGAUCAACUAGACAGUUUCUGAGAAAACAGGCAGCUUGCCACGUGCUGCUUCAUUAGCAGCUCAGUGCUCCUUGUAUUCCUGCAAGCAGCUCUUCAAAAGCAGCAAGUACUUCAAGGCAGGUAUUAACUGGAAAAGAGCUCUUCCCCUUUACAUGAGGAGCUGGUCGGAUGCUUUCUCAGAGGGCUUCUGGUUAUGAGCCAUUACUUGAAAGAGUCUUCUGCUUGUUUGGAGCAUCACAGCCAGGCACUGUGACCUUUUAUGUCCACUUUGGUGCUUUUAUAGCCCUCCCCAGAUUAUCUUGCAUGCUUACCCUUAAAGCAGGUCUUUUAUGCAAGAAAGUCAAACUGAUGGACUGAGCCAAGACCCCUAGAAUCUGAGACCCUUUCCUUUAAGCACUGGGCCACAGACAUGCCCAGAUUUGUUUGUACCUACCUUGUCCCUGCGUGCUUCAUGUGGUUGCAGUAGGAGUGCAGGAGGUUGAGCUCUGGUCUGACCAAGCUCUCCUUCAUUCAGCAGAGCAAUAAUCUUCAGAUCUGUGGCUUAAAACAAUUCCUUGGUGCUUUCAGCCUUGCAGCUGUGGCACGUUUUCAGCUAGGGGACAGGCAGCGUGCCACCAGUUCAGGUGCCUUCACUUCAGCCUGUCCUUUGAGGAGCUUUCACUGUGAAUGAUCUUGCUCAUCUUCACCUGUAUUCUGCAGGGGCAUCUCAGCUCUCCAUUCAUCUGGUAUCUCAGGACUUUCCCCUUUUCAGAAGUGCCUUUGCCUGAGGAUAUUAGAAGUUAAAAUCUAUGAUGCUUUAUUGUUUUGUUUCAUGUGGUUUUUUUUUCCCAUUUCCUUCUUUGGCUCUUAGUAGUGGUUCUUAAUUUGGGUGACAAAUUCACUGCUGUGUCCUUGGGGUGCAAACCUCAGUGGAGGAGUGCUGUUGUUGCCUGUAGUUGGUUAAUGGGGUGAAAAUGAAACUGGAAGGACAUCUAGUGGCUAACUGCGCUGUGUCCUCAUCCAGAUGGAGUUGUAGGGGGUGAAGGAAGCAUUGUACAUUUGUCUUUUGGAACUUAGCACUACUGUGUAAAGCCAAUCCUAUCGUUCUGCCCUGGAAGUUUCCCUGCUCUGCUGGGGAGAUGGAUACAGCCUCAGAGAGCUGCCAGCUGAUUCCUUCGUGUUGUGAAGGGAAAUGAAUGUGAAAAGGUCUUCCAGACUAAACGUUAAUAGUCUACAGACUGUUCAGCUUUGCAUCCAGAUUUCUGUGUGUGUGUGAUGUAUUUUCCUACGUAUUUUGCUACAAAGCAAUUGCUUGUCCAGCUGUGAUUCGCUUCUUACUCUUUCAGGCCUUUACAAACAUCAGCCCAGAGACAGCAGAUCCCCUCGCUCCUUCAGUCCAGGAGCAGCCUGUGCUGCUUAGCACUGAGAUUGCAGCAGCACCCAGUUGCUCCUGCCUGUUUGAAGGGCUCUGCCUUGCUGACAUGAAACUGAUGGCAUGGAGCCUGCGUUACCUGUUUGUUUGGGGAAUGAGAGAGCCUCAAACUUAGCUGCUUUGGAAUUUGGAUAUUUUCACAGAAGCAUUAAAGUUGGAAAAGACCUCUCAGAUCCCCAAGUCCAACCCCACGAUGCCCACAUCCCUCAUUGCCACAUCUCCAUGGCUCUGGGGCACCCACAGGGACAGUGACUGCCCUACCUCCCUGUGCAGCUGUGUCAGUGCUUCACCACUCCUUUUGAGCAGAAUUUGUUCCUAAUAUCCAACCUGAUAUUUAGUCCUUCCUUUAGUUCAGAUAUUUUCUGCUCUGGUGAUUUAAAUUUUCUCAUGCUCUGCUCUGUUUUUCAAUCCUGUUUUCUAGCAGAGCCAUAGCGUUAGCCUGGGGAGCAUGAGUUGUGGUCAGCUGUGCUAUGGGGCAUCAUCUCUGGGUGGAGCUCCCUGCGAGCUGGGAUGAGUUGUGAAGCGAUGUGGAAGCCAACACGUGGUGCUUUGCAGGUGGGAGCACUCCCAUUGAGAUCCCUGGUGUGUGGGGCACCAUUGGCUUUCACCUUGGUUAUGCCAGUUCUCUGUGGGCAGAGUAUCACAGAAUCACAGAAUGGCCAGGGUUGGAAGGGACCUCAAGGAUCACGAAGCUCCAACCCCCUGCCACACGCAGGGCCACCAACCUCCACAUUUCAGAGCAGCCCAGGCUGCCCAGGGCCCCAUCCAACCUGGCCUUGAACACCUCCAGGGAUGGACGGGGCAUCACAGCCUCUCUGGGCAGCUGUUCCAGCACCUCACCACUCUCACAGCAAAGAACUUCCCCCUGACAUCCAACCUCAAUCUUCCCUCCUUCAACUUAAAACCAUUUCCCCUUGUCCUGCUGUUAUCUGCCCUUUCAAAGAGUUGAUUCCCCUCCUCUUUAUAGGCUGCCUUUAGGUACUGAAGGCUGCAGUGAGGUCACCCCACAGCCUUCUUUUCUCCAGGCUGAACAGGCCCAGCUUCUUCAGCCUGUCUUUGUACAGGAGGUGCUCCAGCCCCCUGAUCAUCUUUGUGGCUCUCCUCUGGACCCUCUCCAACAGCUCUCUGUCUUGUAUGGGGGGGCCCAGACCUGGACAGAGUACUGCAGAUAGGACCCCACAAGAGCAGAGUUGAGAGGGAAGAGUAAAGCAGAGGCUGGCUCUUUGGAGAUGGCACUGGAGGAUUCCCAAAGUGUUCCCUAUCUGUAGAAAAAAGUCAGCCCACAGGUUUGGGCAGCUAUUUCCCAGCCUUUAUUGUGGAAAACAGCGUGCCAUGCCAGUUCCUCUCAGACACCCAGCCCCAAGCUGCCUGCACUGCUCCUGGGAGCUUUUUGGUGCUUCUCCUGACCGCUCGGUCUCCUCUUCCAGCCUGGAUUCAGAAACACAGCCCUCGGGUGCUUGGUGAGCAUCAGCGAGCGGCGAAUUUGCCAGAAAAUGUGAAGCAGCAGGGAUGCUUUGUGGGAGCAGCAUCACAGAGCGUGGUACCUUCCCCCCCUUGAUGUCCCCGUGGUGCAGAGCGCUGUCCCCCCCUUUGUGACACCGUGUCCUCUUCCUGCUGUCCCCCCCCAUGCUAACACUGUACAUCCCAUGUGUGUGACCGCUGAGCCACUCACUGCUGUUGCCCAGAUGUUGCACUGCGUCUAUUGAAUGUGGAACAAAUCCUGGCCCAAACCAGAAACGAGCACCUAACAGAUGCUGGGAGCCUUCCUGUUGCCUUUCACUGCGGAAAGACACCUCCUGGGGAAGCUCUGGGACCUUCCAGUGCUCGCUGUUAUUUUUGGUCACCGAAUUUCCUGUGCUGGACUGGAAGCACAGCACUCGUGUCCUGUUCGCUCCUAACGAAGCGCCUGGUUCUGUGCCUUGCCUUUGGGCCCUGUCUUUACAGACCGUCUCAUCGAAUGAGGUCUGAAGCGUUGUAAUUAGUCUGUAAGGUUCUGGUUAGAGUGUACAGAGCUAUUUAUUUUGUGUACUCGGUCUGUUAAACACAGCAAUGUAUCCUGUGUACCCCAUUGCUGCAGUGUGCUUCCUUCUGGCUCGUGGCUGCUGCUCUGGGGUUGUGGAUGGUGGCUGGAUGGGUGCUGGGAGCUGCUCAGCCCUCUGGAGGG